UCCAGGCUGCAGCUGUUUACAUUGGUGGUGUUUGAAUAACCAGAAAUAUUGCCAAUAUGAUGCAUAAAAAUGAGCACUUUAUAUUCUGAGGUCAGGACAAGACACUGGGUUUGUAGCUGGUAUUAGAAGCGCAGCAAGUUGGAGAUUAUUGGCUUUAGCCAACUUACACCAGCUAGUAAACAUAUUAGGAGCAUAAUUCACAUGUUGGUGCUCCUUCCUACACUUCUCACAAUGUAAAGGAAAGUUGUUUGAUAUGAAAUAACUUCUUUUAAAGACUUAUAUAUUUUCAAGGCAGGAAUUAAGGUUAGACCGUAAGCAAUAUUUAUCACUAAACGUGACGUGCAGUAGCUGCUGUUAUUUUGUGUUCCCAAAGCUAAACAGGCUGUAUUUUGAAUAGACUUGGACAGCUUUCUGAGCGGAAGUGCCUGAUGCUCUGCUAAGUGAAUUAUAGAAUUAAUUGCUGGUUUAAAUUCCAGCCCAUGGAGAAGUUAAUUGUGUUCCUCUUUGGCUAUUAUAUUAGCCACAUGUUAACAGCAAAGGACAAUGUUCUUCUCAAAGGGCAUCAUAAACGUCCUACUGGGAUAACUAACUGCGGAUCUAUCUACAAACUGUUAAUUAACAAUGCUAAAUAAGGGGUUUUCUACAGCACUGAUCUAAGAUCCAUCGAAGUUCCUAUCUGCUAUUUAGAAAAGAAAAUUCAUCUGAUGGAUGAAAAUAAUGUCACCAGGUCUCUGUCAGCGCUCCGUUCUUCUACCAGAACUGGAAGGCUUCAGUGGGCUCACCACUGGCUUCUAACUGAAGUUGAACCUGUCCUUCUAGGUCCUUGUUUUCGAUCAUCUCCUAUGAGAAAUUUAUCCGUGUACAUCUUGAACGAAGCUGUCUUGUCAUAGCGAUCUUGUCAGGUGUUUCCAUUUGUUGUAUUUAUUAGUUCAGAUGAUUAUUCCAGCAAAAGAGAGAUUUAGUCUUUUUUUUUUUUUUUUGGGGUAAUGAUUGGCUCUUCAAGUUCUUGAGGCAUCAAGGCAAGGACUAAGCAUAAAGAAUACAUGCAAUAAUGAAUAAGAAUAUGAAUUUGCAAAUUAGAGGCUAAAUUCUGCAUCUCUGGUCUCUUGCUUACUGUUGGACUUCGACAGACCUAAUCCGUGAAGAUAAUUAAAGUUCCUUUGCUCUGAAUGCUAUCUGCAUGGCUGAUGCCUGGCAUGUUGCUUACGUGACUCAGGGGAAGUGAGCAGAGCACCUGCUAAAAAACGUGACAAUGGCUCCACUACCCAAUGCUGAAUUAGUUCAGAACUCUUUGCAGUUAUAUCGCUACCUGCUUCGAUGCUGUAAGCAACUUCCCGAAGAAAAUAUUCGUCAGCAUUACAGGCACGCAAUCAGGCAGAGUUUCAAAGUUCAUGCGGAUGAAGACAGUCCUGAGAGGAUCCAGCAAAUUAUUAAGAGAGCCAUUGAAGAUGCUGACUGGGUCAUGAAUAAAGUAAGUGCAUCAGAUUGUUGAAGUUUUGCUCUGACUUAGUUCAAAUCAAAGAAUAAAACAUUGCAAAGUGAAUUAGGAACAGCAAACUGCUCUACUGUCCUGGACAUGGAAGCACCUGAGUGAAAAGAAAUAACCUAGCUGCUAGGGGGUUAUGAAUUUGAUGGUUCUUGUUUAAAAAUUCUUCGUUAAUACAAAUUUAAGUGUAUUUUUUAGAAUCAUUGAUGCUUUAAAUUGAUCUCUCUAAUUUUUUUUGUUUCCUUUAAGAAUUAUAUUAAAUUUCAGCAGUGGUGACUAAUUUAAGUUUAUCAUAGAGGAAUGACACAAGUCACAGUUCAUAGUUA